CCACCUGCUCCUCCGCCACCCGCUCAAUCUCCGACUCUGCUCUCUCGCCAUGGAGACCUACCACGGCCACGUCCGUACCCCCAAUGACGCAAUCAUCCUCUUCGAGGCCUGCCGCAUCGGCAUACUCCCCCGCGUCCAGCGCCGCCUGUCGGAGAAGGAGCGCCAGCAGAUCAAGUCUGGCUCCGUCUUCGUCUGGGACGAGCGCGAGGCCGGCAUGAGGCGAUGGACCGACGGCAAGUCGUGGAGCGCCAGCCGCGUCUCCGGCAGCUUCCUCACCUACCGCGAGAUGGAGGGCAAGCGCGGAGGCAGCGCUGUGCCCACCGCCCCCGUGGCCAAGCGCGCCAGCGGCAAGUCGCCAGACGGCUCAGCAACGGGCGACUCCGAGGGCGAGGGCCCAGACGGCUACCGCUACAAGCCCGACGGUCUGAUGAAGCAGUCCUUCAGCAUCACCACCCAGAGCGGCCAGCACCUCCACCUCAUCAGCUACUACUCGCGCUCCAACUCGAGCAACCUCCCACAGCCCACAAACGACGCACAGCUGCGACACAUCCGCCCCCCAAAGAACAUGUACCCCGAGUCGGCCGUGAACGAGACGCAGUCGGUGCCUGCUGUUACCCGCGGCCCCAUGCCCAGCUCCCCCUACAAUGCCCCGGGACACAGCAUGGCUCCCUCGCCUCCCUAUGCUCGCGGCGGUCCUGUCGCGCCCAUGUACGCAGUGCCCAUCUAUCCCUCGACCCCUCCCAAUGGCUCCUCUCCGCUGCAUGCAUACUACCCACAACACCCUUACUUCUACCCUGGCGUCGUCUACGCCCAGCCCCCAUACCACCCUCAAGCACACGGUUUUGACCGCCCACCGCCGCCAAUGGCACAUGGCCACGGCCCACAAGCCCACCACCCGAUGCUCAUGCAGCACCCCGCAUACGCGGCCCAUGCCGCUCACGCAGCCCAGCAAUACAUGGCAACGCCCCCACUGCGCACCCCUUCAACUGCCGAGCACGCCCAACGCCAGCAACACCUCCAGCGCGUUAGUGCUGCACCUCCGCCAGCACCAGUUGCAGCCAUUCCCGAGCAAGGUCCGCAACUACCAGCCAUCAACGGUGCGGCUGCAGCAGGCGGAAACCGGCCGCCAACCCCAGAGUCUUCUGACAAGUCGGAACGACGCGCAUCAGAGCCUAGCGGAACCGCAUCAUCCGGAGCACCGCCGCCACCGCCAGUCUCCAGACCGCUACCAACGCUCGAUUCGCUUCUCAACGGCGACAGCCAAACAAAGGACAGCCAAACCACCAGCCGUUCUGGCAGCCGCAGCCCCAAUACUGUGCCAAGGUUUCCUCGCGAUCUUGCGCCUGAAAGGCUUGCCAAGAACAGCACUGCUGCUGACAGCAGUGCACUGAACAAGCUCAACAGUGUCUUUGUACGAUCAUAGCAACUGCUUUUUUCUGUAAUGUUGGCCGCGGUACCUACUACUGUCUUCUCUUCUUUCGUCUUUUGACACUUCGCGUAACGACCCAUUUUUACGCGCGACUUAUUUUCGCUUUUUUUCUUUCAACCUUAAAAGCUGCACGAAGAAAGAGGAAAGCCAUCAUCCACCACACGGGGCACAAGGCAUAUAUAUUUGUUUUUUUUUACGAACUUUUGCAUACGAGCGGCGUUUGGGAAACAGGUGUGCAGAUGGCAAGUACAACUCGAUAUCUUUAUUUGGGACUUGCCAAUCCAAAUCUAUUAGGGGAAUAGGUUACACUAGGAUUUUUUUGCGGGUUUCCAUGUUUGUGUCCGCGUGUCUCUGUUGGGCAUAGUUAGGCUUCACAACAAGCAUUUUUCGGCCGAUCAUGGGGCGGCCUGGGCGUUUCACAGAGUUAUUCUUUGUAGUUGCAUGUUUUAUAUAUAAAGUC